AUGACGCAACAACAAGGACAAGACUGGUAUCAUCUUUCCCCCACAACCCGCGACCAAGACGACGCAGCCUCCACGUCCACACGCCCGCCUUACGAAUAUCCAGUACAAGACGCCUUCUCGGACACUAGUCCUGUGCUUGAUGCGUGGAGUGAGUAUCUGCGUACCAGAUACACCAAACGCAAGGAGUUGUACGAGUCUCUUGACACUUCGGCGCAGGAACUGAUCCGCAAAGAGAUCAGGCGCAUUCGCUACUUUCGGGAGCACUUCAAGGACUACCGGGUCUUUAAAACUGACGAUCUCCCCCUGGUAGCUUUGCUUGAUGAUUCGCGGACAAAAUGGCGAGAGAUUGCGUUGAAGCGAUCCGCUGAUGAGAUUGCAAAGUGCCAGAAGCAAGCUGAAAAAAGUGGCGAUACCUCAAAUCUGGCCCGGAAUCGCAUCAUCCUCAGAUACGUUCAGCAAUGGAAGAAGCCAUCCUAUACAGAGGCGAUGGAUUCCAUUAGCCCCGACACCUACAUGCAAGACCUAGAGUCGGGCCCCGUGAGUAGCGAGGAUGAUCCUCGCAAAGAGGACUAUGGCUACAACGGAUGGGUCAUUGCCUGGGAGCAAGGCAAAGGCUGGGUCUCAGUUGAUCACCCUCUCGUACACGGCCAGUUCCCUCAUCAAAAGAUAUCCAUCCAGCAGUUCCUCUACAACAAGGAAGGCACACCUCUUAAGAGGGACACACGCAAGGGUCAACUGCGAUACUUCCACCUCCCUGCCAACAAUAUGAAAUGGGUAGAGGAGGCCAUUUCCCGCUACUACAAUGAAGACAACGUUGAGUUUGAUAGCAAACUGGUCUAUAACCUUAAGCACAACUCUCAGCGCCUUUUGAGAAACGAGCUAUGGAGGGGCCAACAGCGAGGCGGGACGAACCUUCCUGUCCACGCACGACAAGUAACUACCCGUUGCUCUGUAGUUCCAUCUGCUCCUCUCCCCAAAGCACAAAAGGGGAAAGGUGAUAACUCCCGCAAGGAUGUCGCCAUAUUUCUACCGUUUCUCCACUGGGAAGUAGAGAAGCGUCUUCAGCGGAUGUCACAGUUUGUCCAAGUAGCCAAGUCACGCAGGGACAAACUUCGUCGAGCAAACACUUUUAGGAUGAGAAACAAAAUAGCAGACAUUGCUCAGAAGGAGGUCCUCAAGAAUGCCCGUCCUAUAUCAAGCUUUGAAGCGGACCAGCGGAAAAGGCAUCUCGCGUGGCGUCCGCACCACCCACUGGCCAAGUACUUUUGGCAUGUUGCCAAGCUCUACCAGAUCAUUGACGAGGCCGCUGACGGGAGGCUUAUAGAGGAUCAUUUAUAUAAUGACCCUCCAUUGCACAUGCGGAGGACCUUGGAACAGUACUACUACUGGACAGCUGAAGACACGACCCGUCGAGAUCGAGACCAGGUGGUGUGUCGGGCCACUCGUCACUAUGGCGAUGACAAUGAUCCAGACUCCACCUCCCGGAUCAUCAUGGUCGACCAGCUCUGGCUCUGGAUCUUGGAUGAUAAUACCGUCAUUUCUAGCUUUCCAAGGAGAUGGGGUCGCAAUAAACCAGACCCUUCCGCUGUUCAUCGUGGAAUCCGCGACCGCCUUGGCGCGCUCGAUGGUGACGAGAUACACUCGGUGUAUGAUAUUGCUCUCAUCGUCGUUGACGAAUGCUCCAAGGUAUUCUUCGAUCACACAAAACCUCUUGACCAGCGUCCCGAACUAGUCGAUCUCUUCAGCUCAGCCAUUUCCAAAAUCGCGGAAAAGAAAACGAUUGCAUAUGAAGGCUUCGGGCGAGACGUGAGCAGAAUCAGUCUCGACAGCCUUGAGUCUGCAGAAAAGAUGCUGCGCAGGUCACUCAACAUUGGCUUCGAAUGGUCAAUUCUGGAAGAAGCCCAGCAAGUCAUCGAUGAACUCCAAAUCAUGCAGGAAAUCUAUUCGCAACAAAUAUCAGUCAUGAAGGAUCUCAUUAAAGUGCUCAACAGUCUUAGCACUCGGGCUUUUGACGCUAUCCCUGGGCAGGAUACAGAUGGAAGGAAACAGGCCAUGGACCGGGUUAAAUCCACAAUGGCGGAUAUUACCCAAAGACGCGACGAAUUGAUUAGCAUGGAAAGGUUGCAGACGAAAACUCGAUCUCAGCUCCGUGAGCUUCUCGACAUGAAGCAACAGCAGGCCAACAUCAUCGAGGCCAAAGCGGCUAUCCGAAGAGCAGACGAGAGUGUAUUACAAGGACGGUCAAUCGUAGUAUUCACCGUGGUGACAAUCUUCUUCCUACCGCUCUCUUUCGUGACCUCUGUCUUCGGAAUGAAUGCGAAGGAAUUCAGUAACGACGGCGAAAUGGACCUGAGUACACAACUGAAAUACAUGGUGGGCGUGAGCGCCGCCGUCAUCGCCGUCUCUUUGUCCCUUGCUUUCAGCAACUGGAUCCGGACGGUCCUUCAUGUUGGCCUUAGUCUAGUCUAUGUUGCAGUCGAGGACUGGCUGGGAUGGCGAAACAAGAAGAGCAACUACAACUCAACAGCGAUUAGAAACAUCCAAAGAGAGCGACUCAAGCAACUAGAGAGCAGAGACCACGCCAGGAGGCUGACAGAGAUUAACAGUCGGACGUCAAGCGCUCCAGGCGUGCGGCUUCAGCAACGUUCAACGUGGGACGUCAGGCGCUUGGCAGGGGGCCCUUUCAGGCACUUCCGUAGAAACAAGAACCUCGACAACGAGGGAUCGGUCUAA